UUCAAUUGAAUUCUUUAUGUUCCAACUAGAAUUUCCUCCAACAUAAGCCAACCACAACCUUAAAUGUGUACCAAAGAAUCACCAAAAGAUGUAGCUUUUAUUUUUUAAAGAAAUUAUGAUUGCGGUGUCUGGACAUCUUUUGACACCUGACUAAUUUCACGAGAUACUUAUAUCUCUCGUCAGCAAUAGAUAUUAAAUAAACCUAAUGUUUUUCAUCUUUAGGUCCUGAACCUCAUAUCAACCCAACUCAUUGACCAUUAGCGCACACCCUCGGCGCCCAAAAGAUAUAGUAUAAUAGUAACAACAACAAUAUUAAUAUUAGGAAAAAAACAACCCCUAAGAGACAAGGUAAGCUUAAGGAUAUCAAAUAAUUAGAGCUCUUUAAGAUGGUAUAGUUUAGUUAUAUGUUCUAGUUAUGGAGGUUUUAGAUAGGGAUGAAGAAGAUGUUAGUCCUAGAUUUUCAUUUCAGAAGAAUGGAUCAUCAUUGUCUUGUAUAGUACCUCCAUUUUUGCUCGGUGAUAGCAUGCCCAAAAAUAGCUUGUAUUACAACAAGUUACCUGAGGAACCCCUCAAGCUCGCUGUUCUCAAAUUGGAUGGCUCUUCCUUUGAUAUUGAAGUUGCAAGGAAUGGGACAGUGGCGGAGUUGAAACAAGCGGUGGAAUCUGCCUUCAGUCAUUUACCAAAGACAGGAACAGGCAAGGUUUCAUGGUCACAUGUAUGGGGACAUUUUUGCUUGAGCUAUCAUGGGCGGAAGCUACUAACUGAUAGUGAUUUGUUAGGAACCUAUCAGAUCAAGGAUGGUGAUAAGCUCAGUUUUAUGAGGCAUGUCUCCAUUAGUUACAAUCUGGUCAAAACGCGAUCAGAGAGAGAGGACCCUCAUAAAACUGAACGUCGCAUAUCCAAAGUCUAUGAAAGCAGACAACGGAGAGGUGAACGAGAGGGUAAUCGCCAUCAAGAUGUCGUUUUAAAGAACCCUCAAAACAAUAUUCAUGACAACAACAGGUGUGUUGUUGCCACUUGUGAAUCCAGGUUGGUUCAUUUCUUUAGAGGAUGGCUUCCAUACAAAUUGGCAAACCCGGAGAGGAGAAUAAAACAGAAAAGCAGUGCAUUGAGAUCACGCGAUGGUUUACUUACGGAGUUCUAACAGUGUGGUGCAGUGAUUAGUACCUUUGAAGAGAGGAAUCCAGUGAACUGUUUGCAAAUCUCAAAGAGAGUUGGAGAGGAAAUGGAAAACAUUCACCUCUAGUUGAAGUUCCAAACUUUUGACUAUCCAGUGAUAUUAUUUCACUAUGCAUCUGUUCCAUUUCCUCAUAUGCAGAUGAAAAUUAGUUGUGCACACAUGAAUUUGCUUGAGAUUACUUGUGUAGAACAGAAAUACACAAAUAUCUCUUUUGUCAUUGGAAAAGGCAAAUUCAUAUAUCAUCAGACUUGAACUUGUAAAUUCUGGUUUGGGAUUCAGAAAAAGUUAACUCCUAUGUUUUAUGCAUUGAUGACAGAAAAAAAUACUUGAAACAA